AUGAGUAAAUUCCCAUUUGAAACAAUUCCAUUAAUUCCUAACACUUUGUAUAAACCUGCCAUGAUUAUUGGGCGUUGUAUAUGUUGCGAUUCAAAUUUACAGUAUCCAAAUAAUAUUUUUUGUUUUAGAUGUACUAUUUGUGGUUCCAUCAAUGAUAUACGUCCUGUUCUAAUACAAUCAUCUGUUAUUCCACCAAAAUAUAACUUUAUUCCUCUUUCUUUAUCAAACUUCGAAAACAUAGUAACUAUUUGUAAAAAUAAUGAUCAAACAGAUGUUAAGACUGCUUGGAAACUCUUAGAGGAUGUACUUAUUGCUACAUUUUCAUCAUGGAAAACAUUAAAUACAUCUUUUUCUAAUGUAUUUGUUCACGAAUUAUUACUAUUUACUUCUGUAGAUUUGUUUCAGGUCAGGACUUUUUAUGAUGUCAUGUCAACUCUUCCAAGUCAUCUUAUUGAAGUUUUACUCAAAUCAAUAAAUAUCCUUCUUAAGCGUAUUGGUCAACCACUUAAAAAGCCUUCAGAUGUUUUAUUUCUUCUUAUUAUCCUUGAAAAUCCUUUUUUUUUUCUAUAUACUUAUAAAAACGAAUGUAAUGAUAUUAUUAAACGUACAUUUGGUUAUAUUAGUAGUUUAUCAAAUGAUAUUCACCAUUAUAUUGUUAAUUGGUUUUCUAAUUAUAAUACGGAUAUUUUAUGUAAAAAAAUACAGCUUUGUAAUAGCUUUAUUUCCAAACGGCUUAGUAAAUAUACUCGAGAACAUGAUAAUCAAAGUAAAUACACUACUGAUUGGGGGAUCAAAGCAGCUACAAAGAUGAUGGCUUUGCUAUUUGCAUCUAAUAAUAAAAAAUCCACCUUUCUUCUUUCAGAAUUUUAUAAUACCAUGGUUGAUUAUAUUGAUUUGAUUACGGACUUUGAUGCAUGGGAGCGAAAGUUAUCAAAGUUUUCAUUUUGUCAAUAUCCUUUUUUACUUUCUAUGGGUGCAAAAAUCAAUAUUAUGGAAUAUGAUGCUAAACGUCAGAUGGAAGUAAAAGCAAGAGAGGCUUUUUUUUCUAGUAUUUUUCAAAAACGACAUAUUACUCCACAUUUAGUUCUUCGUGUGAGAAGAGAAUGUAUUAUUGAAGACAGUCUUAGACAAAUUAGUAAUAAUGAAAUGGAUCUUAAAAAAAGUCUAAGAAUUGAAUUUGUUGGAGAAGAUGGUGUAGAUAUAGGAGGACUUCGAAAAGAAUGGUUUCUAUUGCUUUGUAGAGAAGUAUUUGAUCCUCUUUAUGGAAUGUUUGUUUGGAAUGAGGAAACAAAUUACUGCUGGUUUAAUCCUGCUUCUUUUGAGUCAUCUGACCAAUAUUUUCUUGUUGGAGUUGUUCUCGGACUUGCUAUUUAUAACUCUACUAUUCUUGAUAUUCAUUUUCCUUUAGCUUGUUAUAAAAAGUUAUUAGAUAUUCCCUGUGGAUUAGAUGAUUUAAAAGUUUUCCGUCCUAGUUUGGUUAAAGGAUUUCAACAUUUGUUAACAUUUGAAGGCAAUGUAGAGGAUACUUUUUGUAGAGAUUUUGUAGGAGAGUAUGAAGCUUUUGGAAAUGUUUAUCGAUUACCUCUUUGUAAAAAUGGAGAAAAAAUUGCAGUUACUAAUUUAAAUAGAGAAGAAUAUGUUAAGCGAUAUACCAGUUUUAUUUUGAAUACGUCCAUUUCAAAACAAUUUGAGCCAUUUAAACGAGGAUUUUAUCAUGUAUGUGGAGGAAAUGCACUUUCGCUUUUUAGACCAGAAGAAAUAGAACUUCUUAUACGAGGUUCUCCAGAAAGCCUUGAUGUUGAUCAAUUACGUUCAGUUACAGUAUAUGAUAGUUUAAAUUCAUUAGAAAUCAAUCCUGAAGAAGAAAGUGUUAUAGAAUGGUUUUGGUCUAUUUUUAAAGAAAUGAAACCCAUUUUGCAAAGAAAAUUACUUGCUUUUGUUACAGGAUCAGAUCGUAUUCCUGCUACAGGUGCUGCUAAUCUUUCAUUUAAAAUUUCUAUUCUUGGAAAUGAUUGUGAUAGAUAUCCUAUCGCGCACACAUGUUUUAAUCAAUUAUGUCUUUAUCGUUAUAAAACACAUCAGAAACUUUACAAAUUCCUUAUUACUGCCAUUUCUGAUUCAGAAGGGUUUGGGUUAAAAUGA